AUGGAACUUUCGAGGGCGGAAAUAAACCCUCACGCGCCUCUGCGCUUGCUGUCACUCGAUGGUGGCGGCGUGCGAGGGUUGUCAAGCUUGAUGGUGUUGGAUGACUUGAUGGAAAGCAUCGCACAAGAAGAGAAGAGAUUGGGACGACGACUGAACAACGAUACAUCAGCACUUAAGCCAUGCGAUUAUUUCGACCUAAUUGGUGGCACGAGCACCGGCGGCAUCAUCGCUAUCCUCCUUUCGCGACUCCAACUCGAUUGCAAGCAAUGCAUCAAUAUCUAUACGAAGCUCGCCGAGCAAAUAUUCAAGAAUGACAGAUCGAUCAAAAUGUUUGGAGCGAAGAUACCGACUGGGGCAAGUCGAUUUUCUGGAGUGGUCUUAGAAAAUGCCAUUAAGCAAGCUCUCGUUGACCUAGGCUACGAUCAGGAUGAGUUGAUGUGGGACGAUUCGCUGUUUGAAGAGUUGCCAGAGAGCGAACUCCCUCGCGAUAGCAUUUGGUCUGAUACCGUGCCGGACAUUGUCACAGAAAGUCCUGUCGGAACGUUGAAGAAUGCGCCAGGUGUACUACCACAGACUAAUGGUGUACUGUCGCCGCCGCCUAGCAACAUUGCAGACGAGCAGCGACCUUUACUCUCAGCAACCGACAGAAACAACCCAUUCACUAAUUCAACACCUUGCAGAAGCGACACCUGGAAACUUAAGCCCAGACUCAGCGUCCAUAAGAGAAAGAAUGCGAAGGGCUGCAGAGGUUUCGUCCUUACAUCACUGAAGCAAGCGUUGGGGUUGCCCAGAAUUCUAUCGACAUAUGAUCCCAAUGAUCGAACAACAAAGAUCUGGGAAGCUUUACGAGCAACCUCGGCAGCGCCGACAUUCUUUGAAGAGAUGCAGUUCGGCACACCCAAAGUCACUUAUCUGGACGGUGGUGUGGGUUUCAACAACCCUUGCGCAGAGGUGGAUUACGCAGCCAAAGCAUUGUGGGAGGGACGACCGAUUGGUGUCAUUGUUUCAGUUGGAACUGGUCUCCAGUCGAUCCCUAGCGUUGGCAACGUUGGCUCAUGGUUGCCAUUCGGGUUAGGGACGGAUAUUGCGCUAGUCUCUGCCCUGGCAGGAAUGGCGACUAGUACCCAGAGAGUUGACAACGAGAUGAAGAGGAUGUACUACAACACAUCGACGAGGUACUAUCGCUUUGACGUCGAUCGCGGCCUCGCCAAUGUAAGCCUAGAACAGUGGAUGAAGGAAGACGAGAUGGCAGCACUCACAGAACAAUACAUGCGCGAUGCAAAGCAGCUACGAACUGCGCGACAGUUGGGCGAGCUGAUGGCUAAGCUCUCAGCUUUACCUCCGAAAUUUGAGAUUGGCGCUACCCACUUUCGAGUUGGCAUGGACGGUCGUGGACUCAUCGAUCAGUCCUUCCAACUAGUCCAAGUCGACUUCAAGACCGGUCUUCCUCUGGGGGUUGUAAGUACUAUGGAGCACCAAUCGCAACUAAGCCACUUCCGCGAUACAUCGCCCUCCGGCGAGGGCGGGAUGGCCGUCAGCGAUGGCAAGUUAAGGCGCAUAUUUCCCGUGGCGGAAGAUCUCGAUCACGACGGCCGGCGAGAAGAAGCAGCAGUGUACCAGUGCAUCAACGCCGAGAACAUAUGCUUGCGCACCAUCAAGACUGGCAUUCCCCAGGGGCGCUACCGCGUUCAAUUCAUCGUCUCGUUCCAAAAAUCGGUGCACACGCCGCCUCACGAUCUAGUCUUCUCCGUUGGCAAGCCAUUUGACGCAACAACGUUCGCGCAGCGUUAUGUUGAUGCGAACAUCACACCCGAUGUGGUACCAGUGCUUCUUCAUCCUGAUGCAGUCAGAGUACGUGUAGGCAAAAGAAUAUACAAUGAAAACGUCGGAAAGAUGUGGAUGGAGAUCGAAGGUGACGUUGAGGUCAGUGUGGGCCUUGAUGGGGCGCUGGGAUUCAUCGUGAGUCGGAAGUUCGAAGAAGGUGUUGCUAUUGACGGGUGGACUUUUGGAGGUGUACGCUUGGAGCCUGUGUUUGGAAAGCCUGGAGAUCUGUUGACAAGGACACUGUCGUAUCGGUAG